AUGCCUUGCGUGGAAGCGGAUGAGGAACCUCCAAAGGUCGAGGCACCUCCCCAGGUGGCGCCGGAUCCAACACCUCCUCCCGAGCCUCCCGUGCACCUACCGCCAGAGCCACCCAGGCCCAGUCCAGCGACGGCUAGCACAGAUGCCUCGGAGGAGGACAGAGAGGUUGCAGCCGGUGAGGCCGAGGUGGCCAGGGCCAUGUCAGUGCUUUUGGAGCAGCCUUUCUCCAAGCAGAAGAAGGUGCUCAAGUCCAUCAGGCUUCAGUGGCAUCCCGACAAGAAUCCUGACCAGUCGGCCGUAGCCACCCGGGUCUUUCAAUUCGUGCAGGCUCAUGACCACUGGCUGGCACACCACGGCCUGAGCUGA